UAAUAAUUAUUAUAAUAAUAAUAAUAAUGAUAAUAAUAAUAAUAACAAUAAUAAUAAUAAUAAUGAUAAUAAUAAUAAUAACAACAGCAGCUUCCCGCCACGCCUUGCAGGGCAAACACGGGCGUGUUAGCACAGUGAACACUGCCACUCAACUAAAACGAAGUCGAUAAGUCUGCUCCUGCACCUCACCGAUCACUGGCUGGCCAUCACACUGGCUCUCCCAGCAGUGACCUUUGUGUUGCUGACUUUCGAGGCGGCAGGACGAAAGUCGAGUCCCCGGCCCUUCACGCCCCACAAUCCCUGAACCAUCGUGCCACGCCGCCCUCACGAUGCUGCCGCCGGAUGUCUCGUCGAGUUUGGUGCCGUGGCGGGUAAUGGUGUUCUUGAUACAGCUCUGUGGGUGCUUCCCCUUCAGGAUAUCAGACACAGACGCCCCGCCCGUGUUCAGCCUUUACUUGUCCCUGUGGAGUGUCUUCAUAAUGUUUACGACGACCUGCGUUCACUUCAUGGGCUACAGCCAAAUUUUCUUUAGAUAUGCAGCGUUGAAUAUAGGCACCGCUGUCUACGUGUAUACCGUCAUGGCACUGUUGGUCGGCAUGACACUGAGUAACGUCAUCAUGGCGGUGAAGAGCAACAAGCUAGCCGCUCUUCUGCAUGACCUGUCACGAUUCAAAGACGUCUCACCACCUCCUACGCGUCGAUGGUACUGUAAACCCAAGACGAUUGUAUUCUCCGUUUCCCUGAUAACAGUCGUAUUCCUGAUGGCGUGGACCAGCGCGCUGACCAUAAAUGUCUCGAUUUUAUGUUCAGCACUCGUCCUCUUACCCACAUCCUUAAUCGGCUUAGUGAGCCAGCUACUACCCAUGGAGUUGCCAUCCAUGGUAUUUGAGUUAUUGGCCCGCCACCUGCUGGUCGCCACAGAGGUCACGAUGGCUAAAGUCUCCUUUCUCCUCAACACUGACGGCUGCUUCAAGUGUGAGGACAACGUGAAGGCUGCGAAGGAGGCGAUGCGUGACCUCGAGGCUGUCAUUCGUGAGGUGGAGGUGCAGCGGGAGAGGGCCACUCGCCACUUCUUCCCCGUCGUCAGCAUGUUUCUGCUGUCUGGGCUCCUGCUCGGCGUCACCAGCCCUUACGCCAUGAAAGUUGGAUCUAUCGAGAAAACCAUUAGCUUAACGUCGCUGUUCAUGGCUUACUACAUCAUGGCUCGUCUGUGUCACAUGGGACAGGUCUUCGUCAACAAGAUUAGCACGGCCGAGGAUCUCUUGAAGGACAUGAGAGUGAAGUGUCAGUCUCGCAGUAUUAAGAAAGAGGUGAGCCAGGUGAUGGGCAGUCUGUCACCCAUGCGUACGUUUGACGUGUGUGGGUGGUACACGCUGGGCUACUCUCAGUUCCUUGGGUUCAUGAACACAGUAAUGACGUACCUGGUGAUAAUCCUGCAAGUGGAGGACACAGAAGUGCCGCAUCCUCUCAGCCAAGGCCUCCCUGUUGCGCCAAACCCACCGGCUCAGGGUGACUUCUUGCAGGCUGGGGAAUAUUGACCUCCAGCAUAUCCAUCAACUUAUCCAUUCAUUUAUUUGUUAAUUUAUUCAUUAUUGCCUAUUGUACGGUAGUGUAUGUUACGCCAUGCUAUGUAAGAGAUAGCGCACGUGCAUGUGCAUGUAGCCCUGGUAGGCAACACUCAUUUUUCCUGCGUCGCCGCUCAGUUUGUCUGUCGGCUUGCCUGCGAAGAGGAAGGAAGUCCCACCUCUCGCAGCCUGACCCUUGUAUCUGUUCUUUGUAAUAUAAGGAUCUACGUUA